GCAGACCGGAACACACACCCCCUUUUUGUUUAUUAUUUAAACCAAACUCAACUUGGUAUCUGCCUUUUUCUGUCAGUCUUCCCCGCAGACACAGGGAUUUUAAAAGGACAUCCUCUUUUGUCUUUUCCAACCGCGCGCACCAUGAUGCACGUCUAUCCUGUGGUCGCUUUGACACUCCUCACAGUCAGCUUAACAGGUGCAUCCAUCCUUUGCACAUGGACUAAAGUUUUGUCAAACGGUGAAGUGCACUACAGUUUCCUGCGGGGCGACUCGUCUGUGCGGCUCUAUCACAGCAUCUGGUCAUCAGCAGGUACAAUGUCGAGCUGCUCCUUCAGCGACAACGACGCAAUCAUCCAAAAGUACACUACUUUGUGUCAGGAGAAUAAGCAGGCAUUUUCACACCAACUAGACGUGAGUUUUGACAGUUUGUUUUAUGAGGAAGAGCACUGUACCUCUCUGGAUUCUCUGCCACACGCUUCCCAUGAGGAGCGCAGUUUCAGGGGGAGGCUGGUGAGAAGCGUCCGUCAAGAUGCUGUGUCAGGGGCCAAGUCUAAACCGCGCGUCAAGCGUGGCUUCAUUGUGCCAGGAACACUGUGGUGUGGCUCUGGGAACAAGGCACCAUCCUAUUCAGAUUUGGGGGUAUUUUCAGAAACAGACAAAUGUUGCCGUGAACAUGACCAAUGCCAAGACACCAUUCUGUCCUUUCACUCCAAGUUUGGAGUCUUCAACAGCAAUAUCUUCACCAUGUCUCAUUGUGACUGUGACAACAGGUUUCGCAGUUGUCUAAAGGAAGCCCAGGACAGCAUUUCUAAUGUGGUUGGUUAUACUUUCUUCAAUCUUCUCAAGAUGCACUGCUUCGAGUUCUCAUAUAGACUGCAAUGUGCAGAGAGAAACUGGUUUGGGAUGUGCAAAGAGACCAAAAUGGCUCUUUAUGCAGAGGUUCAUUCUCCCACCUUGUAUGUGACAGACACAACAGAAGAUAUGAAUGGCACUAGCCUCAACACGACUGUCACGGCCACUCCUGUCCAAAACAUCACACAACCACUUUACUCUACCAUGUUAGAGUCUUCUGGUACCACACAUGUAACACUGACUGUAUCCAUCACACCAACAAGCACAGACACAUCAGUGAGGACCACCACUGUACUACCCACUGGAGCGCCUAACCAGUCUCUCCCACUGCCGGAUACUUAUAUUACAGAGAGGCACCAGGCGUGUGCUAUCUAUAAGUAUCUUGAUGAAUGCGGGAACAGGAUCCUUCCUCUGCAAAGGAAAUAUGGCUUUCACAACAAUGAACCAAGGACAAUGUACCACUGUAAUUGCACCAAUAGAUUGUUCCAGAGUUUGGCAGCCCACCCGGCCCUGACUGAAGUGCAGACGCUUCUGUUGGACCAUGUCUCUCAGUCCUGCUUUGUGUUACAAGACUGUACAGCGGGACAAAUCUGCAAAGUGGUAGUGGUUGGUACACAACUCUCUCAGGAGGCCACCAGCAGUGCAGAUGUGAAAGAGCAGCGCCAUCUACAGGCGAUGAGACUACAUGUCAGGAGACCAACCCUGAAGAGGGCCACUAAAGGCAGAUCCACCAGGCUUCACAGACUGUGCCUCAGAAUGGUGCUGCCACAGAUCCACAAACGCAGAAGACAUCACACCAAGGAAACUAACAGAAAGAAACCAGAAUGAAAGCUUAGCUGUGAGAUGGAUGCAAAAGAAUCUGCAAACUAAAAUACUCACGUGAAGUAUCCUGGGCGUCUUCCCUUUUUAACUCCAUCUCGUGACUUCAGAAUAAUUGACUUGGUUGCAGUGCACUGAACUGUUUAUCCUGACAGUCGGACUUUUGGUAAGCUAUAAAAUACUAACCCUGUUUUCAGAAAUGCUUAUCCGGGAUUUAAAAUAACUUCAAUACUGUGCUGUUACAACACCCAUGCCAUGUCUGUUCAUUUGUCAACCUUUGUAAUUAGUUAAGAUCUUAAUAGAUGUCAUGCACAACCUUGUACUGCCAUUUGUACUCCAAAAUAAUGUAAAUAGAUGUAAAUAAAUAUAGCUAUUAUUACUGUGUUGUUAUAACCUCUAAACUUAUGUGAUAUCCUGAUAAUGUAUGAUUCUUUCCAUUCCUUUUUUAUUAUUUAAAAAUGUUCAUAAUAAAGUUGGAUACAACAUG